GUCAGCGUCAGACUCUCAGACUGUCAGGAUCGUUGAUCAGCGACAAACAUGGCAGAAGUAGCUCCAGCUCCCGCCGCCGCUCCGGCCAAAGCCGCCAAGAAGAAGGCCGCCAAGCCGAAGAAGGCCGGUCCCAGCGUCCAGGAGCUGAUCGUCAAGACGGUGGCCGCUUCCAAGGAGCGCAGCGGCGUGUCUGCCGCCGCCCUCAAGAAGGCUCUGGCGGCCGGAGGCUACGAUGUGGACAAGAACAAAGUCCGCGUCAAGACCGCCAUCAAGAGCCUGCUGACCAAGGGGACUCUGGUCCACACCAAGGGCACCGGCGCUGCCGGCUCCUUCAAGAUGAGCAAGACGAGCGAAAGCAAGAAGCCCCAGAAGGCUGCAGCCAAGAAAGCCGCUCCGAAAGCCAAGAAGCCCGCUGCCAAGAAACCCGCCGCCAAGAAGCCCGCAGCGGCCAAGAAGCCCGCAGCGGCCAAGAAGUCUCCCAAGAAGGUCAAGAAGCCCGCAGCAGCAGCGGCCAAGAAAGCAGCCAAGAGCCCCAAGAAAGCCACCAAGAGCCCCAAAAAGAGCCCCAAGAAGGCGGUGAAGAAAGCCCCCGCAGCCAAGAAAGCUCCCGCUAAGAAGGCAGCCAAGCCCAAAGCCAAGAAGACAGCAGCCAAGAAGAAGUGAAGAAACAGCAGCUGAAUUCUUCCCCAAAAGGCUCUUCUAAGAGCCACCACUUCUUCUCUCAGGAGCUCAGUCCUCUGGUGUAUUUAAAACUGAACACAAAAACAACAUGUUUAUAUGUCAAAUCAAAUUUAUGAGAUUAAGUUUAAUGUUUACAAAUGAUUUCUUUAAACAGAUUUCUAGGGUCAAACAUCUGACUAACUUUAUCUUAACAUGUUGGUAAAGAUUCUCAUUCAUUAUUAAGUUGAAUCAAAGCAAGCAAACUUCAUUGAAUUGAUCUGAUUAUGUGUUUUAGACACUUUUAUCAGUUAUGAUCACAUUUAAAAAGUGCUGCUUUCUUUCAGGAAUCACUUAGUCAUUCGAGAUAAAAAAAAA